CUAGGUUUUGUUUGAAAGACAGAGCAGCAAAAAACUCUCUCUCUCUCUCUUUCCCCCUUUUACUACCUAGAAGCCUCUUCGAACAACCAGCUCCCUUUUUCACUUUCACUCCGAAAAAACCAAGAGCAUGGUGAUGAUUGACAAUAAAGCAAAAGCAGAAACUCUCAAGUUUCUAUGUAGUUACAGCGGGAAAUUGCUUCCUCGUUCCAGUGACGGCGUUCUCCGUUACGUCGGUGGAAUGACCAGAGUUCUUGCCGUCGAUCGUUCUAUAUCCUAUGCAGAGUUGAUGGUGAAGCUAGGUGAAUUCUGUGGAUUUUCGGUGGAAUUAAGGUGUCCUUUACCAAACGGAGACUUGGAGACAUUGAUUUCGGUAAAAUCGGACGAGGAAUUAACCAACUUGAUUACCGAAUACGAUAGAUCUUGUCCGGGUUCCAAGAUUAGAGCUAUAUUGUUUCCUCCGAAAUCGCUCAAGAAAAUCUCUCCUCCGACCUCGAAUGCUUCCAGCAUCGAGUUUUCACCUACCAAAUCAGUUUUUAAUCAUGACCGAUCUGGCAGUUUUUCCCCUCCGAUCGGAUACAAAGGCCGUCGCUGCAGUCCAAGCCGUCCACAAGAACUCCUACGUCAUAAUCAUCAGUGUUGCGGUUAUUGGCAUUAGUACUUGAAGAUUAUAUUAAAUUUCCUAAACGCUGGAGUUAGUCAAUUAGUAUAUUUUUUAUACAGAAAAGAACUAUAGAUGAUGACGACGACGAGCAAGAAAAAAAAGAGUAAAUUUGUGUGUGUUUGGAAUUAUAUAAAUAUGAGAAUCAAAUCUUUUUUUU